AACAAUUUGCCACCUCUAGCUAGAAUCUCUGACCAUAACAAACUGCGAAAUAAAGAGAUAAGGAAAAAUAACAACAACAUGUUUACGAAAACAGUUUCUUUGUUUAAACAUUAAACGGCACCCGUGACGUCCUCGCCGCGUGGGGCAAAUGCAAUGCGAUUAAACCACUUGCUGCCCCGGAGUUCCGCAAUAAAGAGAUACGUGCAAAGGUCAUAUCUCAGCUGACUGACACACUGCGCAGAGACAAGCGAACUGUAAAUGCAAAUUUGAUACAAAGCUGGGCAGCAGGCAGUAGGACUGUGAUUCACUUGUUUAUGUCUGAGACCUUUAUCUGGUGUCCAGCGAGUGGCGCGAUCCGAUAACCUUUCGUCAGGCGUCACUCCGGCUUUGUUUGCCUGCAAACGCACAACACACUUCGCACAAUGAGGCUCAACUCUGGGAUAUUUCUGGUGCUGCUGAUCCUGGCCACUUUCUUGGGCCUGGGAGACUGUUUUUGGCCCUGGCCGUUUGUUAAAAAGCACAAGGCCAUUACUCCUCCUCCGCCACCGCCCCCGCCACCAGAGCCCAAGCUCUCGCCCGUGAUUUUCGUUCCUGGCGACGGCGGCUCCCAGCUGGAUGCCCGGCUGAACAAGGCCAAUUCUCCGUACUUUGUGUGCGAGAAGACCCACGACUGGUACAAUCUGUGGCUGGACCUAGAACAGCUUGUUAUACCUAUGGUUUACUGCUGGAUAGACAACGUCAAGUUGUACUAUGACAAGACCACGAGAACGACUCACAAUACCCCCGGGGUUGAGACCAGGAUUCCUGGUUGGGGCGAUCCCGAGGUAGUGGAGUGGAUCGAUCCCACUAGGAACAGUGCUGGGGCCUACUUUAAAGAUAUAGCCAAUGUUCUGGUGGAUAUGGGAUAUGUGCGCCGGGUGAAUAUCCAUGGAGCACCCUACGAUUUCCGCAAGGCGCCGAAUGAAAACAAGCAAUUCUUCAUCGAUCUCAAGCAAUUGGUGGAGGACACCUACGAGGCCAACAACCAGUCGGCCGUCACCUUCAUAACGCACAGCAUGGGCAGCCCCAUGACACUAGUCUUCCUGCAGGAGCAGACGUUCGCGUGGAAAAACAAAUAUGUUAGGCGGCAGAUCAGCUUGGCGGGCGCCUGGGCGGGCAGUAUCAAGGCGGUAAAGGUGUUUGCCAUGGGCGAUGAUCUUGACUCCUUUGCUUUGAGUGCCAAAAUCCUCAAAGCUGAGCAGAUAACACAUCCUUCGACCGCCUGGCUACUGCCAUCACCGCUGUUCUGGAAGCCUUCCGAGGUGCUGGCCAUGACGCCGAGCAGAAACUAUACGAUGGCACAGCUCGAAGAAUUCUUUUUCGAUAUUGAUUACAUGACUGGAUGGGAAAUGCGCAAGGAUACGAUGCGAUACACGCAGAACUUUAGUCCGCCGGAUGUGGAGUUGCAUUGCUUGUACGGGGAUGGUAUCGAUACGGUCGAGAGAUUGCAGUACAAAAAGUCGGAUAUCUCGUCAGAGACACCGAAACUUAUCAUGGGCCUCGGCGAUGGCACAGUCAAUCAGCGCUCUCUGCGAGCCUGUCAAUACUGGUCGGGAUAUAGCAGCUCUCAUAUCAAUACUCUGGCGCUCCAGGGCGUCGACCACAUGAAGAUUCUGGCCCAUGCCGAUGUCCUCAAGUACGUGCGCACUGUCCUGCAGCAGCCGUAGCGGGCAGUUUCCUGUUCUAUUCGUUUAAGUAUAAAGUAUAAAGUAGUGUCUGUGAAACCAAUGUCAAUCUUUAAAUGUUAAAUAAAUGUAAUUCGUUGGUGUAA